AUGCCAAAACGCAAACUCCCCGACGCCCCCACCCCAAACCGCGACCCCCGCAUCGCCCGCCGCGAAGCAACCCUCUACGACGCCCUCGCCGAUCGCGUAACCGGCAACGGCUUCCAGCCCGCAACCCACAAACGCGCCUCAAAGCCCAAACGCUCCCUACCCGUUCACCCCUCUUCUGCCCUCGAUAUGUUAGACGGUGCAAGCCGUGAUCGAGCCACGACAAGGUUUGGAUUGAUCGCAAAAAACAACCAUCCCCUCCCCCCCGACCUCGUAUUACGACACCGAAAAUACGCACCCACCAUCCCCGUCCCAGACGCGCACGCAUCACUCCCCGAUCCGGAUUUGUUGUUUGCGCUUCACCAAUACGCAUCCGAUUUUUACGACCGGACACGGAAUGGCCGGGUUGGGUUGCGUUCGAUGGAUGAGACUGCACUAUUGGCGUUGGGGUGUUUGGUUGAGGAGGAGGUGAGGGGGGUGGUGGGUGCGGGGGCCGGGGUGUUUGUGGAGAGGGGGGUGGGUGACGUUUAUGAGGGUAUUGGGGAGGGUGGGGGUGGGGGUGGGGGUGGGUUGAGGAUUGAGGAUGACGAGGAAGAAGUUGGGGAGGAGGACGGCUGGAAUGAUAGUGGAGAUGGUGAGGAUGGGGCAGAGGAGGAGGGGUGA